GAGUGGUCAAUGGGUGGCACUGUGUGUGUCGCUUAUGAGACAGUGCGCAUGCGCUCUCACUCUAAAAUAUCCCGUUGAGUUUGCAAGCAGUGCAAGCAGUGCAAUCCAUGCGUAUUCUCUGGAAAUUGUGGUCAUCCAUGGUGAACAACAUAUAUUGGAGAUUUUAUCCUGUGUAAAGUGUAUCUGGUUUUAUGUUGGAGCUCAUCGUGAUUAUUCCCACUGCCGUAUUGUGUUGUAACAUUUUGGUAUUGUUGCAUUUGAAUAUAACAUUGUAGAGCUACAGAGGUUUAAAUUUGUGUUUUCAGCUUGGUGAAAGCGCUCAUUUUAUUUAUAUAAAUUUUGUUUCGCUUUCACAAAUCUUUUUGUAAAAUUUCUUCUUAAUUAAGUUUCUAGGUUGCUUUUGAUAGUGACUCAUUUUCUAGAAAACAGUAAAUGAAUAAACAGUAAAGUAAAACCCCUCAAUGUGUUCCUGGUGGUGAAUUUAAAUCCCCGGCCACAUUUUUGGUACCAGGAGUGGGGUUGUUUAUUCAAUCUGACGAGUUGUUUUAGAGCGGUUUAGUUAGACAGUACGGCAGUGGUGAAUAUUUUACAGAGCCGGAGGACUUCCAGAGUGCGGAGGAUCACGGAUGAGGUGGUCAGCGUGCGACCGAUUGGGUUUCCAGUGUGCCAGACAUGACGGCUGCUAAGAAGAUCGGUCCAGACUGAUGCGUUUCCUGCUGUCAACGCGUGGUCUGCCAGGAUCUCAUGGCUGCAUCUCAGGAACUGUGCAUUAGUCUGAGGGUGUGUCUACGGUACUAAAAGAAAAAAAAGCGUUACGAGUUUCGCAACAAGGACAUUAAUCUUCAACUGAGUUGAGUUAAUGCUUUUUGACCUACUUCUGUAGAAAAUGUCUGACUCUGACGAACGGCCUGAAGAGAGCGUACAAGUCCCUGAUGUUGGGGUUGUGGGGAAUGAUGUCAUAGAGAAAAUAAAGGGUCAAAUUCAAGAUUUACAUGAUUGGAGGAAUGACACUCUGGCCAAUAGGGCUGCUGGUGGGGGAAAUACAAUCCGCUCUUACCUUUAUGUUCCCCGUGAACGCCAGGUUCAACCUUUUAGCGGGGAGUAUAACAAAGAUGGAAGGUCUGUAGAGGAGUUUAUUGAGGAGGUGGAAAGGGUACUACGGGCCAGAGACCAAACACAAGAAGAACAUCAUCUCACUUUUGCGGGGGCCUGCACUGGAAGAGGUGCGUUUAUGUGUGGGAAAUCAGUCCAGACAGGCCAGUGAUUUGUUUAUUUUCUUGCGGGACGCGUUUGGGGAAUGGCGUAGUGGGACUCAGUUGUUGCAAAUGUUUUACAAUCGCAAACAAUUGGAGGGGGAAGAUCUCCGAAACUACUCUCAUGAACUACUCUCAUACUCUCAAACUACUCGCCUGUUAAGUUCCAUUGUGAAACAGUCCCCAGAUGGUUUGGCUAACAAGCAGGGGAUUUUGCGUGAUCAGUUUGUGGAGGGUGUAAGAGAUGCCGCAUUGAGGCGAGAGCUGCGUAAAAUAAUCAGGGAAAAGCCCUAUUUGACCCUGCUUGAGAUUCGUAAUGAGGCUAUUCUUUGGUCCAUGGAAGAGAGCAGGCCAACCAGAGUAGCAAAUAGUCGACCGGUCCAUUCAGAAGUGUUAGGGGAACCUGAAGGUACUUCUGUCAGGUCUGAGAAUCAAAACUCUUCUGUGUUGAAUGAUAUUUUGCAGGUAAUUUCCCGGCAGGACAAGCGAAUAAGUGAGCAAGAGCAGACUGUUUCAGAGCUCACUAAGGUGGUCAAAGAAUUGACUGUGCAGCGGUCAGUGUCAGUUCUGCAGAAUGUCGCGCCUUCAGCAAAUUCUCCACCCAGGUUUACAGAAAAGGGAGAACCUAUCUGUUUCAGGUGCAAUGGGGUUGGGCAUAUCGCUAGACGGUGCACUGUGAGACGGGGUGGGAGACCUAAAAGUGCUACCCAGACCAUUAAAGGUCAAGAAAAACCACGUCCUUCUGUUGCGUUGAGUCAGGCUGCACAAGGGGAAGUUUCUGGUUUACCGCCUGAGGGAACUAGUCGAGACCGUUUCUUGGAGCAUGCAGUUGGAACUUGCCCCAUGGUAGAACUGAAAAUCAAGUCUGUUCCGGUGUCAUGUUUGCUUGACACUGGUAGUCAGGUCAGUACUAUUACUGAGGAAUUUUUCAGAGUGCACCUGUUUGGGGAUGAGAGUGAUGUGUUGUCUACUUAUAGUUGGCUGAAGAUCACCGCAGCCAACUGUUUAGAUAUUCCUUAUUCGGGUUACAUGGAGCUGGACGUGGAAGUUAUGGGGAUGACUCUGCCCGAGUGUGUGUUCUUGAUCGUGAAAGAAGCUCCUAGCCCAACGUCUGUGGCUGUGCAUAUCGGAAUGAACAUUAUCAGUAAGUGCCGACAGAUCGUUCACGCUGAAUUUGACACCACGCUGUGUGGUAGGCUGGAUUCUGACUGGAGGGCAGUCUUCCAGCAGGCUCAAUCAGUGGAGUUAGUUGAGCGAGUUUCAUCUGCUCAGGUCGUGGGUAAGACUCCUGCUCAUGUGCCAGCUUGGUCGGCAGCCACUGUCCUGAUUAAGGGGAUCGAACGCAGUAAAAAGGAUGGUUGGUAUGGUAGAACCAGCAAAUUUGCCCUUACCGGAAGGUUUGGUUGUAGUACCUACCUUGGUCACGUCAGAGUUACCUGUGUGUACAGUGAGAGUACUUAAUCUGUCACAGGAAGAUCUUUGGCUUCAAAGGGUGUCAUUCAAGAGAGUGUGAGUGCUUACGCCUCG